CUGCUGCUAUCUCUAUCAGCUAACAAUUGUCUAAAUGUCAAAAGAGUGAGGACGUUCAAUUCGGGAAAGACCAGCAGACAGAUGUCAAACGAAGAAACAACGUCAAUUUCAGAUACCAAAACAAUGGCUGAGGACGAGGAUAAAACGAAAAGCCUUUAUAUUUUCGGCAGAAAUGUAGCCGAAAUACCUUGUUUCCGUUCGAGCUUUCUUUACGGAAUCGGGGGAGGUUUCGUUGGUGGAGCCGUGAGUUUUCUGGCGACGUCAAGGACAGCAUUGUCAACUAAUAUCGGAUUUGCCACGUUUUUUUGCGGUACAAUCUUCUACUGGGUCUCAUGCAGAUACGAAUGGUCAAAGAAGAGGUUUCAAUAUCAACAACUACAAAUGGCAAUGAAGAAACAAGCGCUGUAUGAAGGCACAGCAGUGGAAAACGAGAUUGAGAAGAAAACCGAGAGCUGCUAAGGUUAGAUUGUGUAACGACCAAUCAUUCAAACGUAUGACUUCUUUGCAAAACGCCGCAUCCUGUCUAUCGAUGAAAUCUGCAGUAAUAAUAUUGAGACGCGGGGCGUUCAAACUAACAAAUCCGGCAGAUUGCUGGGGUAACCAUUGCCUUAUGCGAGAGGAUAAUGUUAACGCAUUACGUGAAUAAGAAGUCAAAGUCCUGCAAAAUAUAAAUAUUAUAUUACUA